UGGUUCGGUGUCACUGAUUACGAGCGCACAUUGUAUACUCGGAUUGCGCAGUCGGUGUGUCAGGAUCGUUGUCAAACCGAAAGUUGACCCUUUUCCGUGUAUUAUCUUAUAAGAAACGAAUUUCGUUUAUUUUGGAAUUGAUGUGCAUUUUGGUGUGCAGUCGGCUCUAAUGGUGGCAUCUAGAGAUGAAGCCCAGGAUCUCGUGGAAUGUAAUCUGUGUCAGCAACCAGUCUCGUUUUUCUGCAGACGAUGCGGGGUCAAUCUUUGUGACACCUGUAUCGCAAUACAUCUCCGUGUGAAAUCUAAAAACGGCCAUGACAUUGUAGAUUACACCAGCAAGGAUGAUGACGACACAUGCCACUGUGAUUCCCACCCCCAAAACGAUUGCUCCGCAUUCUGUAAAACAUGUGAUGCUCCGAUUUGCAUGCUUUGCGUUUCUAUCAAACACAAAUCGCACGAAAUGUCCGAGCUGUCCGAUAAAAUUGAAGAACUUUUAAAAGUUAUCGCCAAGGAAAAUGAUCGUCUUCAGUCAUCCAAACAUGAAUUGGAAAGAAUUCUGGAUCACACGACGAAGAUGUUGUCCUCGAUAUCCUCGGUUUACAAGCAGAGGAAAGAUGAAGUUACAGCACGGGGAGAAGAGUGGCACAAAGAGAUCGAAGAGGCUGUGAAGAAACUUCACCAGGAACUGGAUGACAUGCAAAAGGAGCACGAGGUUGUAUUACAGAAACAAAAGAAAGAGUUUGAAGAAAUGAUCGGAAAAGUGGAUGAAAUUAACAGGAAAACAAUGAAACUAGAGAAGUCAAAAAACGUCACAGAAAUGCAGACAUUCAUACCAGUCAUUGAGGAACAAGGAACAUUGAGGGAGUUCUCUCAGUAUUCAUUUCCGACUUUCUAUGAAUGUAAAAUAGAUGCAAAUUAUUUGCAAACUUAUUUCGGAUACGUUGAUAAAAUGCAGGAAAAGAAAACUUCGCUCUUGGAAAAUAAAUUAAAAGACAAUGAUUUACCGGGUAGAAGAAUACUAGAUGUACCGACAGUUACUUCUGUUAUAGACACUGGGUUCCCUGCUGAUGAAGAGGAUAAGAAUCGUCUGUAUGACAUGGUCGUUACCGACGAUAACAAAGUGUGGAUGGGAGGAGCUAGUUAUGAACUGAAGUUGUUUGAUCUCCAGGGACACCUUCAACACACCGUCAGCAUUACUACCUACGGCUUGUACUUAUGUAUGUACAACAAACAAGUAGUGUACAGUGAUCAUCAUCAAAAAGCCGUGAAAAUGAUAUCUGACACCGACACUGUGGUGACGAUGUUCACUACCGGAGACUGGGAGCCAUACGGCAUCACAAGCGCCGCAUCCGGUGAUCUACUGGUCUGUCUCCAAAAAGACGAUCAGAACAAAGUCGUCCGAUACAGCAGUACCGGUACCGUGCUCCAGAAAAUCCAGUACGACUCACAGUGUCUGCCUCUGUACAAACAGGUGGUUUACAUCACUGAGAAUGUUAACGGGGACAUCAUUGUAACUGACUGGGAGAACAAUGCAGUCAUUGCUGUCGAUAGAUUGGGCAUAUUCCGGUACUCGUACUCGGGUGUUUCAUCUUCUACGGUAACCACUGAUUCUGUCGGUCACGUCAUCGUUACAGAUUUUGACGGUAACAAGAUUCACCUGCUGGACAGAGACGGGCGAUUCCUGAGGUACAUCAUUCCUGACGGAGGAAUAAAAGAUCCACGUGGCGUGUGUGUCCUUGGUGACGGUGAGAUGAUGGUUGGAGAGUGUCUGACCGGAAUUGCCAAAAGAAUUAAAUACUUAGAAGAUUGAAGACAUGCGAGUGUUAUUUAUCAGUCUGUUACAAUAAUAGCAUUGAGUAUUGGAAAAGGGUUACUUGCUUGGUCUACUUGCACAAUUUGUGAAACUAUAUUGCAUUAUACAUAUUGUAGAUUGAUAAAAAAAACUAUUCUAUUUCAUCACUUGGUUUUAACAUUUCAAUGCGGAAAUAAUUGUUUUAUAUACAGUAUGAAUUAAAAAUCAUGAUUAGGGAGGUACAUGUAUAUCGUAUUCCUGGAUGUCUACUGAAAUGCAUUUCCGAGUUAGGUGGUCCAUUUAUUAUUUUUUUGUCACCUUAAUUCGAUUAUUUUUCUUGGAAUUUCCCCAAGCGGAAUUUACAAGUUAUGCGUUUAUUUUUAAUUUUCAACUGAGGUUGGUCUAAAGCAACUGAAUAGAAUUUAAAAAACUUCGUAGUUAAUAAUGAAAAAAAUACAGAUAUGCUAAUUUGCAUGAUUUUGAUGUUAUGGUUUUUUUCUGGGACUGUCCCUUUUUCUGUCCC